AUGAUAGCAGAGGGCUCGGCAUCCAACGCCUCGAUCGCGCUGUACACCCUAUUACCAGCCGUCGUUCAAAAGAGAAUCCCGCGUUUCAGGACACUGAAGCGGGCUCUGUCACAAUAUGAGUGUAUGUCCACUUGCGACUACAUGGGCGUGGAAGCUGACGUACAGGUGUGCAGCGUACCACAAGCGAAUUUCGAGUUAUUCUAGCGACAGGAGCUUCACUCCGCCGCCCUCGUACCGUUCAAGCCCUGAAGAUGCCGAGACCACCGACGAAGACUCUGCGCCAUACAGGUCACAUGGCGACAGUGCAGCGCCCAGCAGACCGUCGAGCUCCGGAAGUCUUACGCCUAUCGUGGUACCGCAAGAGUCGAGAAGUGGUAUUCAAUGGAAGUAUGCCGACGCAGGAUUCGCCCUCCUGUCCCUCGCCUCCCAGGAAGCCUCUGGUGAUAAUAUCGCCCUCAGCUCGAAUCUGGUACGACGACAAUACAUCGACGGCGUAGCCUGCAUGGUUCGCGGUCUGCCCGCCGAGUUGAGCGAGGAAGAAGAGCUGAGUCUACGCGAGGCACUGCCUGCUUCGAUCCGUGCGGGGCGGCAUGGAGAUGUGACCGCCCUGACGAGAGGAGAGCGCAGACCAGGACAAGCGGUGCCUCUGUCACCGCAGUCCUCGCUACAUCGGAGCGUUGCAACUGUGACGCUCUACCUCUUCCUCGCUGUGGCCUUUGUGCUACCCUAUCUGCAGCUCUUCCUGCGGCUGGCAUAUCAGUGGGACCGAAAGCACAAGGUCAGUGACCGCGUGCUGGCGAGGAGCGUCGCUGCUGCGGAUGCAGUCGGGAAGCGGACGAUGAUGCUUGCGACCAGUAUUUGUGCCAUGAACGAAGGCAAGGUCGGCGAUACGAUGCGGCAGGCUGGAAUCUAUCUCAUGCAGGGCGUCAGUGGAGGAGUCUAUGAUGGAGUUGGAGAGGCCUUGAGGAUUCGAGCGGAUGAGACUCCUCAUGACAAGAGCCGGUGCUGA